AUGUGGGUGCCAGGUUGCCAAAUGACAUCUCCAUCCGGCCGGCAGGAGGGAAUUCUGGAAGAGUAUAGUGAGAAGAAUUUCUAUGGAUCUGAAGAAGAGCAGAAAGAGAAAAUUCAGGAAGCAAACAAGCCCUAUUCUAUGGACCCAGACCACCGAUUGCUUAUACGAAAUACAAAGCCUUUACUACAAAGCCGGAAUGCUGCUGUGGUGAUGGCAAUUGCACAACUUUAUUGGCAUGUAGCACCCAAAUCUGAAGCUGGGAUUGUUGCUAAAUCAUUAGUACGUUUACUUCGUAGUAACAGGGAAGUACAGUACAUUGUUCUCCAGAAUAUAGCAACGAUGUCAAUCCAACACAAGGGCAUGUUUGUGCCUUACUUGAAGAGUUUCUAUGUUAGGUCAACUGAUCCAACUAUGAUCAAGACAUUAAAGCUUGAAAUCUUAACUAACUUAGCAAAUGAGGCCAACAUUUCAACUCUUCUCAGAGAAUUUCAGACCUAUGUGAAAAGCCAAGAUAAACAAUUUGCUGCAGCUACAAUUCAGGCAAUAGGCAGAUGUGCAACCAACAUCUCGGAAGUGACUGACACAUGUCUUAACGGCCUAGUGUGUUUGCUGUCUAACAGGGAUGAAAUAGUAGUUGCUGAAAGUGUUGUUGUAAUUAAGAAACUGCUGCAGACACAGCCAGCACACCAUGGCGAAAUAAUAAAGCGCAUGGCCAAGCUCUUGGACAGUAUUACCGUUCCCGUGGCUAGGGCCAGCAUUCUUUGGCUUACUGGAGAAUACUGUGAACGAGUUCCAAAAAUAGCCCCUGAUGUUUUAAGAAAACUGGCCAAGAGCUUCACUGAUGAAGAUGACCUUGUGAAGCUGCAAAUUUUAAAUCUUGGAGCAAAAUUAUAUUUAACCAACUCAAAGCAGACAAAAUUGCUUACCCAGUACAUAUUAAAUCUCGGCAAGUAUGAUCAAAGCUACGACAUCAGAGACCGUACAAGAUUUAUUAGGCAGCUCAUUGUUCCAAAUGAGAAGAGUGGAGCUUUAAGCAAAUAUGCCAAAAAAAUAUUUCUGGCACAGAAGCCUGCCCCAGUGCUCGAGUCUCCUUUUAAAGAUAGGGAGCACUUCCAGCUUGGUACUUUGUCUCAUACUCUGAACAUGAAAGCCAAUGGCUAUCUGGAGUUGUCUGAUUGGCCAGAGGUUGCACCUGACCCUUCAGUGCGAAAUGUAGAAGUAAUUGAGCCGGCAAAAGAAUGGACUUCAAUAUUAGGGAAGGAAAAGAAAAAGAAACACACUGAUGAAAGAUUCUACUCUGAAUCAGAAGAGGAGGAAGAGGAAAGUGAUGAUUCUUCUAGCAGCAGUGACAGUGGUAUGUGUGGAUAAAGAAUGAUCACAGUUC